AGUGGACAACAUACGCUGAGCUGGAUCCCCCACCCCCACUUCAACCCCUUGGGGUUCAUGGCGUCCCUUCAAUGUAUUCAAGAGGUCCAAUUAUUUCGUCCCAGGCUCUCCUCCCAAUUUCAACUUGCCAUCCAAGGGGUAUCUUUGUUAAUAAGAAAGGAUCUUUCAAAGUCGUGACAGCAAAAAUGGCGGCGCAGCUUCAUCUCCGUGCUAAUAAUUGCAUUUUGUUGCCGUCAACGUCUUUUUCUUCAUUCCACACAUUUUCUGUAUUGAAUUCUUCAAAAGAUUCUGGGGAUAGUAGAUCAGUCCUAGGCGUGGGGAGAUCCUUCUUGGGUUUGAAUGACAGAAGAAUAUUAGGAAAUAGGAGAGUGAUUAAAAGAAAGAAUGAUUCUUCUUCGGUCAUAAUUAGAGCGUCAGCAGGAGGUGCAGCAAUAUGGGAUGGUUUUAUGCCGGAAAAGAGCUCCAAAGCUCCUGCACUAAGUGACGUUUUCUGGCCUUCUGCAGGGGCAUUUGCGGCAAUGGCUAUGCUAGGAAAGAUAGACCAAAUAUUGGCACCGAAAGGGAUAUCAAUGACUAUAGCUCCAUUCGGAGCUGUUUGUGCUGUCCUCUUUGCCACGCCUUCUUCUCCUGGUGCUAGGAAGUACAAUAUGUUUAUGGCACAAAUCGGUUGUGCAGCCAUUGGUGUUUUGGCAUUCACAAUAUUGGGGCCAGGUUGGCUAGCUCGAAGCACAGCCCUUUCUGCUGCCAUGGCUUUCAUGAUUUAUACUCGUUCUGUUCAUCCUCCUGCUGCAAGUCUGCCACUACUGUUCAUUGAUGGAGCUAAGCUGCAUCAGCUCAACUAUUGGUAUGUUCUGUUCCCUGGAGCUGCUGGUUGCAUUCUUCUGUGUUUAAUACAAGAGAUGGUGUGUUACCUAAAAGAGAAUGUCAAAUUCUGAUGUGAAAUGCGAUGCCUCAUAUGAGAGCUGUAUAAAAAUUCUUUUGCAUGGUCAAAAUUGAAGGUGCAACAGAGGAAUCCACCAUUUCUCCAAUAAAGCAAUCACGGAUUUGAUGAAAAUGAAUAUCGUGCAAUGUCAAGCGGAUAAUUCCGAUUUAUAUAUAGUUGUGAAUAUGAUAUGAUUCUCAUUCAACCCAGAAAAAUUAAAUAUCAUAUAGUAGCUUUUUCUGGAAAUCGUUGUGUCAUGGAACUCAAUUGACGCUUUUUUAUUAAUAGAAAAUAUCACAAAUUUGUCA